AUGGUCCAAUCCUUUUUCAAUGCACCACUUAUUCUAGAAGGCCCUGCAUCUGUUGCGUUUUCUAGCGAAUCAGAAGAGUCCUCGAAGCCGGUAGAAGUUACUAUUUAUAGCGACAGAACAGUAAAGAUCUUCUAUAAUGCUGACGGAAAGCUAGAGACGCGACAAGCAAAAUCUUGCUGCAUUUUGAAUCAGGAGCCGACCUCACUUACAAUAUUGGGUAUUGAGCAGGGAGCUCUCGUGCAGUGGUGCUUGAUUUGCGCCUCUUUCCAUAUACUUCAGAACUAUAAUAUGAUAGGGGACUUUCUCCCCCGGAGGUCUCGUCGAGAAAUCAAUACAGUUAAUGAUCUGCUGAUUAGAGCAGAAGAUGGAGUCGAAGAAGAGUCCAACUUGAUGGACUUCUUCACCAACACUUACGUGAAUACAGAUAGAGAUACUGAAGUAGUUCAGUCAGCAGGUCAAAGGUAUACUGAAAAUUUAUCCCGGGCACAGGACACUCUCCUUGCUGAGAUUCAUAAGCUGCUGGUUGAGGGAAUGGAGGCUGACGUUGCAAUGAAGGACCAGAGACAGCAGAGGCAUAACGAGUGGCUUAUGCUGCGUGGAAAGAUCGAGCAAGCCAUCAACCUAGAUGGUCAAGAUGAUAAUGCACCAGCCUCUAUCAGACUAGUAGUACCAAACAUACAGAUGCCCGAAGAGUACAGCCUUCUUAACUCUAUUCAGGAGACGCAGGACGAGGCACUUGACGAAUUUAUUUCUACCAUCAAUGGCGAGGAGACCGAUAAAACUCCAACUCAAUAG